UGGAGAGAAUAUGAUGUUAAUGCAAUUUCGAGUAGCCUGCGAUCAGCUGAUUCUUUCAGUUAUUUGUUUUUUAACUAACUCGUUCGCAGUAAUCGGUUGUAGACGCGGGGAGAGGGGAAAUGGGUUUCCGAACAACGGGAUCCCCGCCGUUAUUGGACGAUAUGAAUUGUUUGCGUAGUUCAUUUCACGACGGAUGCUUGACGUUCGAGUACUUGUUGCAACGGUGCGAAAAAUUUUUCGUGAGCUUGUUUUUAUAGUGAGUUUUCAUCGCUUUUCGACAUCCUAAUCAACAAUAUUGUGGCAUGUAAUUCUUCCUCGUCGUGCCAAAAAUGACCGCAUUCAGUGCAUUGUCCCUUUUCCGAGAAUAAAUCGAGCUACAUCCAGUCAAGUCACAUCAUGGAUAGCGUGACAGGGAUAAUAUACGCAAUAUGUCGAGGAUUUGUAGACAGUUGGAGGGGUGCUAUUGUACUCUUUUACAUGGAUAAACAAAUCAAUGAGAAAUUAGUCAUAAGCUCUUCUACUAGAGCAGAACUGAAAAAGAGAGACUUGGCUAUACAAAAUACUUUUAGGCAGAAUAAUCAACAACGGAAAUCUAUGGUAAUGAGAAGAACCAUUCAAUGUUGUGCAUUAAAUGGUGGUGUGUUUUGGGCUAGUAUAAUAAUAUUUGAAUAUGGACUUCUACCAUUUGUCAAGUAUUUACUAUCUAUUAUAUUCGGCCAUUCCCCUGGUAUGGCUCUUAUUGUAUGGUCAUGGAUUCAGCCAUUUUUAUCUUUGACAUUUGGCACAAUAUGGGUGCUACCACUGUUUUUGCUCAGCAAGAUAGUUAACAGCUUAUGGUUUCAAGACAUAGCAGAUAGCGCUUAUAGAUACAGACAAGGGAGACCAUUGCUUUUGUCAAGCGUAAGCAGACUGAUAGCUGAUACACUUUUCAGUGUAUUAGUUCAAGUGUUGUUCUUAGGACAAGGAAUGUUGGUGUCCAAAGUUCCGUUACCAUUAUUAGGGGAUAUACUUGCCCUUAUUCAUAUGUGCCUUUUAUAUGCUCUCUAUGCCUUUGAAUAUAAAUGGUUCAACAUGGGUUGGGAGUUGCAUAAACGAUUAACUUUUAUUGAAGGCAACUGGCCGUACUUUUUAGGCUUUGGUAUGCCAUUAGCGGUACUUACUCAACUGCCCAGCUCGUAUGUUACAAGUGGCUGUGUUUUUUCUAUUUUAUUUCCAUUAUUUAUUAUAAGUGGAAACGAAGCAGAACCUGUAACUGGAACAUGUGAUUACCAACUGAAAUUAUUUUCGCCAGUAAUCGCAAUUGCAAACACAUUAUUUAAUAAAACCAUUGGACGAGCCAAUAGGCGGUGACAAUGAAAAAGAAAAACGAGGAAAUGCCUAAUUUAUGCAAUUUGCAUAUUAAGAUGCACAUGCAAUUUAUCAAUUUGUUACAAAAAAUUUCAUGCAAAAAUAAUUAUAAAAAUUAAUAU